CCAUCUCUAAAAUGGAAUUUCUAUUUCAGUCCAUAACCACUUUAUCCUACAUGAAGCAUAAACAAAAGUUAUUUCAAUCAUACUCUGUCUUCCUCUAUUUGAGGGAAGUUUAACUAAAGGUUUUUAUGAUAUAGCUCAUUUAGUUAGCAUUUGUGAUCCACAUUCUGAAGGACUGUCUGCUGGUCUACUUAUAGUUUUCUUUUUUCGAUUUCCUUAUGAAGGAUAGAUAUUAAAUGUGCAUUCACCAAUGUAUAGUUGCAAUUACUUGGUGAGCACCUAUAUUGCACCAAAUGGCAUAUACAAGGUAGGGAUCUGGGCAGGAGGAUUAUAGGAUGUUGUUAGAUAUGAAUAGCCAGAUUACCAGGUAGAUAUACCUGGGCACUUAUAAGUUUUCCCUGUACUCUAUGCAAAACUUCCUGUAUGUUCACACAGUUGGCUAGGGUUGGGGGAAGAAUAGGUUUGCUGACACCUGAAUUUUGAGAGAGAAAGACGUUUGGAAGUUAGGACACACAGCAGUUAGAACUACAAAUCAAAGCUUUGUUGUUAAAAAGGAAGUGAUUGCUGGUUUUAAAUGGGUUUUCCCACCUUAGCACAGAAACUGAUCUUCAUUAUACUUGAUGCUUCUGUCAUGAUAGCAGGUGAGAGACAGUAAAAAAGAUUGUUCUCUAGGGACAUUUACUCUGAACACUUCAUUAUCCUGCUUGAGGCAAGCUGGGUAGGCAGAGAAUGUUCUUCCAUUGGGCAGAAUUAUGAGAAGCAACGAUCUGCCAUAUGUCGCAAUAAACUAAAAGACAAGACAGUGAAAUGAAGGACUUUCAAUUCCAUAAAGCUCUUACCCCUUUGUCAGGGAAAGAGGGACUGAGAUAGUUGUAAACCUUCCCUGGGGCUCCAUGCACACAGCAGCCCUGCUUCUGACUGGCUCUCAGCACAGGUGGCCCAGGCACCUGUAGCAGACCCUGUAUCUAAAAGAAGCAUCCUAGCUCGUUAGCACCCUGGCCGGCAUCAGUCACAUCAUCAGCUCUCAAUACACCUAGGAGAUGUGAUCCUGUUCCUAGUGGAUGGGAGUGGCUGAACCUCUCCUCCUCCAUGCUAUCCCUAACCUAACCCUAACUUCCUCCUAAUUAUCUUUUGAAAGUGGAAGAGUAGCAGAAUGUGUUCAGAAGCUCCUUUGCAAUUUUCCUGCUGAUCCCAAAUUCUUGUGCCUAAUCUCCCAGUCCCUCCAACCCCAGCACUGCAUUUCCCUGAUUCUGAAAACCCUAAGCUUCCAGAGGGGCUAGAUUUUUCUACUGGGGACUGGCUUCCUGCCUUCCCAGACUGGAAAGUGUGAACACUAUUAUGAGACCAAGAGGUUGCAAAGGUAGUCUCACUUAAUGUGUACUACAACCACCCCCCUGCACUGUAGGUAUCAGUAGUAUCCUGUUUUACAGAUGAGGAAACUGAGGCUCAGAGAGGGGAAGGGGUAUCCUCUGCCCCAGAAGCUAUGCGUUGGUGAGAAGUGGAUCCGAAGAAGCCGGGGCUUCUGUGAGUCAGGUCCCAGCCUGUGGGUUUGGGUGUGACUGCUUCCUUUCUCUCGUGCCCUGGGGAGAUGCGCCCAGGGGAGAUGCGAGAGAAAUUCCAACAGUGCUGAAAGGCCCAUGGCUUCCUUCAGGGUCCAGGCCAGAGUGGAAAAAACCUUUUUUCCUCUCAGUGGCUUUGCCAGCACCUUCUCUACUUGGAGUGUGAGAUUUCCACCACGGCUGCAAUGACCGUAUGCAGAGCCUGUCACCUGGCCCUGGGGACCACAGAAGUUCUGGAACUGCGAAUAAACCAGAAAUGAGUGAGCCCGGGGAACAUGCAGCUGCAACUGUCCAUCCAGCCACAGGCCACACUUUGCUUUCACUGUUAGCAUGGAGGCCGGGCCGUUCAGGUUUCGCUCCUAACGCACAGGCGCUUUGAUAUUCCGGGUUUGAACAGGAGAGCGUGGCCCAGGAGUCCAGCUCCCCCACGGCUUGGCCAGGCUGGGCGCUGGUGCAGCCGGGCUGCCAGGGGAGCUCCACUUUGGCUACUCCCUCUAGCCAUAAAUCAAUCGGUGCCUCCUUCCAAAGGUCCUCCCGGCCUCCUUCACCCCCGCCCACGCUCUCAGGGCCGGUAAAUCCACACCGCCAGACCCGUCCCGUGAGGGCCUGAGACCUGGACAGUGGCAACCGUGGCAGAAAUAAAUGAGGUCUCUCUCAUACACACUCACCCGCCUGACACCACCCCACUUUCCCCAGGUGUCAGCGCCCCUGCCCAAGUAGUCCCUUUCUCCUCCACACGGCUGGCUCUCCUGGCCCACCACCUGCCUGCAAGGGCUGGGACGCAUCAGAGGGUCUACUCCUCACGUCCUUCUCCAUCCCUUUCUUCCAAGAGCACCCAAACUUCCUGCAGCUUUUACCUGAACCCCGAAGCGUAGUGUCUUCUCUCUGGACUAAAGAGAAACUCGUAACCGGCGGAAAAGCCCCCGCGCCUAAGCUGCAAGCCAUUUGCUUAACAAGUCCAAAGGUCAGCUAAAGUUUGGCUGAUAAAUAGAACCAGUAAAAGAAGGUCUUCAGCCCCCCAGCGCGAGUACAAUGGACCCUGGCAAGGCCGGCUCCCGGGCUAGCCUCCUGCUCUUCUCGUCUGCCCCUCGGGCUCUCCCUCUCUCUCGGUUUUCCCCCCUCCCCACCAUCAUUUGCAUUUUGCCGAAAGCUGGGCCCUUCCCACUAAUUUGCAUAUCUUAUAUGGCCUAAUGGUGGCGAUCAUGGCAAGUUAGAAGUUUUCUGACUCCUCUCGGAGGAGACUCCGGGACCCCGGGGAGUAACAGGUGUUUGGAGGCUGAAGGGUGGAGGGGUUCCUGGAUUGGGGGUUGCUUGUGGAACUCCCCUCCACCCUCUCUCGCACCCACCCACCCCCCUCAGCCCCUUCUUUUUCCGUCCUUGGAAAAUGGUGUCCAAGCUCACGUCGCUCCAGCAAGAACUCCUGAGCGCCCUGCUGAGCUCUGGGGUCGCCAAGGAGGUGCUGGUCCAGGCCUUGGAAGAGUUGCUGCCAUCUCCGAACUUCGGGGUGAAGCUGGAGACGCUGCCCCUGUCCCCCGGGAGCGGGGCCGAGCCCGACACCAAGCCGGUCUUCCAUACUCUCACCAACGGCCACGCCAAGGGCCGCUUGUCCGGGGACGAGGGCUCCGAAGACGGCGACGACUAUGACACCCCUCCCAUCCUCAAGGAGCUGCAGGCGCUCAACACCGAGGAGGCGGCGGAACAGCGGGCGGAGGUGGACCGGAUGCUCAGUGAGGACCCUUGGAGGGCUGCCAAAAUGAUCAAGGGCUACAUGCAGCAACACAAUAUCCCUCAGAGGGAGGUGGUCGAUGUCACCGGCCUGAACCAGUCACACCUCUCCCAGCAUCUCAACAAGGGCACCCCAAUGAAGACCCAGAAGCGUGCUGCCCUGUACACCUGGUAUGUCAGAAAGCAACGGGAGAUCCUCCGACAAUUCAACCAGACAGUCCAGAGUUCUGGAAAUAUGACAGACAAAAGCAGUCAGGAUCAGCUGCUGUUUCUCUUUCCAGAGUUCAGUCAACAGAGCCAGGGGCCUGGGCAGUCCGAUGAUGCCUGCUCUGAGCCCACCAACAAGAAGAUGCGCCGCAACCGGUUCAAAUGGGGUCCCGCAUCCCAGCAAAUCUUGUACCAGGCCUACGACCGGCAAAAGAACCCCAGCAAGGAAGAGAGAGAGGCCUUAGUGGAAGAAUGCAACAGGGCAGAAUGUUUGCAGAGAGGCGUGUCCCCCUCCAAAGCCCAUGGCCUGGGCUCCAACUUGGUCACUGAGGUCCGUGUCUACAACUGGUUUGCAAACCGCAGGAAGGAGGAGGCGUUCCGGCAGAAGCUGGCCAUGGAUGCCUACAGCUCCAACCAGACGCACAGCCUGAACCCCCUGCUCCCCCACGGCUCCCCCCACCACCAGCCCAGCACCUCUCCUCCAAACAAGCUGUCAGGAGUGCGCUACAGCCAGCAGGGAAACAAUGAAGUCACUUCCUCCUCAACAAUCAGUCACCAUGGCAACAGCGCUAUGGUGACCAGCCCGUCAGUUUUACAGCAAGUCUCCCCAGCUAGCCUGGACCCCGGCCACAAUCUCCUCUCACCUGAUGUUAAAAUGAUCUCAGUCUCAGGAGGAGGUUUGCCCCCAGUCAGCACCUUGACGAAUAUCCACAGCCUUUCCCACCAUAAUCCCCAGCAAUCUCAAAACCUCAUCAUGACCCCCCUCUCUGGAGUCAUGGCAAUUGCACAAAAGAUUUCCAAAAAGAGCAGCAGCAGUGGACUCCUGGAAAAACAGCAAAUUCAUGGGUUUUCCUAGGACACAGGUAGAAAAGGUAAACGGGAUAUCUGGGUAUCAGAUGAGACGCUGGCCUGGGGAGAAGCUGAGCCCCCUGGGGAACUGGAAAUAGUGCUAUUCUGAGGGUGACCAGAGGGUCCCACCCCCACAACCCCACCCAGGAGAGCUAGGAAGGGGAUUAUUCCCCCUCCCUUUCUGCUCAGGGGUCUCACCUUUUAGGUUUCUGAUAGCAGUAUCAGCUAAAGCUCUGAGUGGGCAAUUGUUGAGGACUUUGUGCUAUCUCCACUGAGGACUUCCCACCAACCUGCUUUUGAACCCCUCUCCAUUUCAGGGAAGUCUCUCUAAGUGGCCCUUCCAUAUCUAUCUAAAAUAUACCUUUUCUGGAUUUCCUUCUCCAUCUCAUUCUUUCCUCCACUUCCCAGAAAGCAAGAAUAAAGGAAUAUGGGUGCUCUAGGAAAGAGGCUGGGGUGUAUUCUCUCCUGAUCCUCUUGUCCCCACACUGACCCUGCCUUUGCUGUCUUCCCCAAAGUCCACUCCAGGGAACAUACAGAGCAUGGGUACCAGGGGACCCAAUCCUUGCAGGAAUGGCCCAGGUUCUAAUGAGGCCUCAGGAUAGAUGCAUUACCAAACCACAGAGGCCCUUCUAGAAGAUUUGAACAGAAACAUGGCAAGACCCACUGUAACUGCCAAGGGCCAUCCUUUAACCUACUAUUUCUUCCAUCUAAAACCUGGUCCUUUUGAUGCCACUAGCCCUGUGCUGCCAGAUAAGAUAUGCCUGCUUCAUAGACUAGCCGAUUUCCAGUAUUUUUUCCCCUCUUUGCUAAGUCAAGAGAGUUGGCACCUGACUACUCUCACGGUCUUUGUACAGUCUACUAAAUGAGGGUCUUCAGACUUCAUACUCUCAGGACCAUGGAGGUUGUUUUGUUUUUAUCCAAAUGUGGGUCCCUGCCCUCAUUCUGCCCUCUGCUGGACAGACAGAUCUGGGCAAUAAUCUGUGCCUUAGAACAGCAGUCCCCAACCUUUUUGGCACCAAGGAUGGGUUUCAUGGAAGACAAUUUUUCCACAGCCCAGGCAGGUGGGGACUGAGGAUUAGGAGGGUAUGCAGAGCUCAGGUGGUGAUGCCAGCAAUGGAGAGCAGCUGUAUAGAUGAAGCUUCCCUGGCUUGCCUGCUGUUCACCCCCUGCUGUAUGCACCCCCACCCUCAGCCCCUGUUCCUAAGUUUCAUGGAAGACAAGUUUUCCAUGGGUGGGAAGAUGCAGUGAGGGGCAUGCAGCGGAGCUCUGCAGCCUGGUCCCAGUCCUCAGCCUGGGGGUUGGGGACUACAGCCUUGGAGUGGACACCUUUAACUCUGCCCUGAGGUCACCAGAGCAAGUCUCUCUCACAUCCAGCAUAGAUGGUGUGGGCAAGUAGAGUCAGCUUUUCCAGGGCCCCAGAAACUUCAUGGGACCAAGUUUGGGAGGUCACAGGAUGACUUUGGGAGACUCUCGGGCUUAGUCAGAUCUGUUUAAAGCCUGUCUCCAACCCACAACUCACUCUGGAAUUUGAACAAGUAAAUUAAUCUCUCCAAGUCUCAGUUUCUUUGUCUAGAAAAGCACUUCCCAUGCAAUCUCUUAGGUAACAGGCUCAGCCCAGUGACUGGCAGGGGCUCAGUGAACGCCUGUUGCCAUCCAUCCACCUCUCCUCAUCCCAGAAGCCAUCUCUGAUUUUCCUUCCUGCU